AGCGGCACCAGCUCCGCCCGGCGCUGCCGCUCGCCCGCCGCGCCUCCGCGGCACCGCCGAGCCGGUACAGCCCAGCUCCUCUCCCAUGCGCGGCGCUGCGUCGCCCAGGGACCUCCGCGCUCGCCCGGGAGCCGCUGCUGUGUGAAAGAAAAUGUCGGUCAGCAUGCAUGAAAAUCGCAAGUCUAGGGCCAGCACUGGCUCCAUAAACAUAUACUUGUUCCACAAGUCAUCCUAUGCUGAUAGUGUCCUUACUCACCUGAACCUCCUGCGUCAGCAGCGUCUCUUUACAGAUGUGCUUCUCCAUGCUGGAAACAGGUCGUUCCCCUGCCACAGAGCAGUUCUGGCUGCUUGUAGCCGCUAUUUUGAAGCAAUGUUCAGCGGAGGACUGAAAGAGAGCCAGGACAGUGAAGUCAACUUUCACAAUUCUAUUCACCCAGAAGUCCUAGAGCUUCUUCUGGACUAUGCAUAUUCCUCCAGAGUUAUCAUCAAUGAGGAAAAUGCAGAGUCACUGCUGGAGGCUGGUGACAUGCUGGAGUUUCAGGACAUUCGGGAUGCUUGUGCAGAGUUUCUGGAGAAAAACCUUCAUCCUACCAACUGUCUUGGUAUGCUGCUGCUGUCAGAUGCUCAUCAGUGUACCAAGCUGUAUGAGCUUUCUUGGAGGAUGUGCCUUAGCAACUUCCAGAGUAUCAGUAAAAGCGAAGACUUCCUCCAGCUGCCAAAAGACAUGGUAGUGCAGCUCCUUUCCAGUGAAGAAUUAGAAAUUGAAGAUGAAAGGCUGGUAUAUGAAUCGGCUAUCAACUGGGUCAACUAUGACCUCAGUAAGCGUCACUGUUACCUGCCAGAGCUACUGCAGACAGUGAGACUCGCCCUCCUGCCAGCCAUAUACCUUAUGGAGAACGUGGCCAUGGAAGAACUUAUCACCAAGCAAAGGAAAAGCAAGGAGAUUGUAGAAGAAUCAAUAAGAUGCAAGUUGAAGAUCUUACGGAAUGAUGGAGUGGUCACCAGCUUGUGUGCCAGACCCCGAAAAACUGGCCAUUCACUUUUUCUUUUGGGUGGCCAAACCUUUAUGUGUGACAAGCUGUAUUUGGUGGAUCAAAAGGCAAAGGCGAUCAUUCCAAAGGCUGACAUUCCAAGCCCACGGAAAGAGUUCAGUGCUUGUGCCAUAGGCUGCAAGGUGUACAUCACAGGGGGACGAGGAUCGGAAAAUGGAGUCUCCAAAGACGUGUGGGUGUAUGACACCCUUCAUGAGGAGUGGUCGAAGGCUGCUCCCAUGCUAGUAGCUAGGUUUGGCCACGGCUCUGCCGAACUUAAGCACUGUUUGUAUGUAGUAGGUGGGCACACUGCAGCAACUGGUUGCCUUCCAGCUUCCCCUUCAGUAUCCCUAAAGCAAGUAGAACAGUAUGACCCUGUGACCAACAAAUGGACCAUGGUUGCCCCACUGCGAGAGGGAGUAAGCAAUGCAGCUGUAGUCAGUGCGAAGCUGAAGCUGUUUGCUUUUGGUGGUACCAGCGUUAGCCAUGACAAGCUGCCCAAAGUCCAGUGCUACGACCAGUGUGAAAACAGAUGGACUGUACCAGCCACCUGCCCCCAGCCCUGGCGCUACACAGCUGCAGCUGUUCUGGGAAACCAGAUUUUUAUUAUGGGUGGAGAUACUGAAUUCUCUGCAUGCUCUGCUUAUAAAUUCAACAGUGAGGCAUACCAGUGGACUAAGGUGGGAGAUGUGACAGCGAAGCGAAUGAGCUGCCAUGCAGUGGCAUCUGGAAACAAAUUGUAUGUGGUUGGAGGCUACUUUGGCAUUCAGAGGUGCAAGACAUUGGACUGCUACGAUCCCACGUUAGAUGCAUGGAACAGCAUAACAACUGUGCCCUAUUCGUUAAUUCCCACGGCAUUUGUCAGCACAUGGAAGCACCUCCCCUCCUAAUCGUGUAUGUGUUGACAAUUACAAGUUAUCAGUUUACUCCUUUAUUUGGAGAAGAUAAUUGGAACCUCAGAUCUGGAGAAGUUUUUAUGAAGAAAAAUCAUUCAGCGUUUCUCGCAUUUGAAGAAAAUCAUCUGCACCUUGUAAAUUAUCCAACCUAGACAUGAAGGAAUGGGAGAAGAAACCCCUGUCUUCAGUGCUUCAACACGCCUUUUAAAUAUGAAUGGACAAACCUCUGACCUGUCCUUGUGCUAGUAAUUGUGGAUUAAUGCCCAUGUUAAUCAGUCCUUCAAAGAUGAAAAAAACAGAGACAGAAUGUCUCUUAGCUGUGCACCACACAUCACUUGAUUUCCAUGGACCCCACUGUUUUUAUGUGAAAUUCGAAAUGGUUGUCACCUCUCUUUGUGGUGGUUUGAAGUGCCAGCGCCAGCUGCAGGGGCAGCAGGCCAGGUCUGAAACAGCAAGAUGCUGCUGUGAAUGAAGAUACAGCGGCAUUGCUGCUGAACUCUGCUGACUGGAGUGUGCUUGCCUGUGGGCAGUGCCUACGGCAUCUGUUACACCCUGUGUUGCAUUGUCCUGUGUGCAGUGAGUGACCUUCUGCUUCAUAAGGACCAGUCCAGUGGUGAAAUGUUUUUGCAACAGUGGGGAACAAACAUUACGGCCCCAAAAUGCUCAUUGUUCCUGUUCUUCCCUGUAUUUAUAAAUCAGUCUGUCCCUUUCCUAUUAUGUUACUUGUUGUAGAUAUAGUUAUUUAUUUGUUCAGUGUUUGCAUGCUGAAACAAUGCCUGCAAUUGUCUUCAUGUUGCAAGGGCUUGUGUGAAUUGUAUGUUUUGCACAUAUUGUGAUUGCCGACUUGCUCUUCUGCACAAAGAAAGAAAACUAUUGGGUAACAGUUGGAGGUGGGAGGGAGGAGGAGUGGCUUCCCAGUCGGAAAUGGAAGGAUUACAAGACAGGAUUUAAAAUUACACAUGUACUAAAGGAAGAAGCCAUGGAGGUCACUUUCUCAGGCCACCAGCUCCCCAGGUUGCAUGUGGUGUGUCUUGUAGAUGGUGUCCUUGCAACAUUUCAUUUGUUGGUCAUGCCUUUCAGUUUCUAACCUGGAAAUAGCCAAAGUCUCUUGCAACACUUGCUUUGUGCAGCUUCCUGAUUGCAACGCAAAUUCUGUGGAAGAGCUUCUGGAUACCAAGCCCAGAUGAAGUCAUUGUCCAAACUUAUUUAUUUAUUUAUUGGGUUGGAGGAGGGUUACCUACAAUAUAGCCACAUUGUCCUGAAGGAGUGGAGAAUGGUGAUUCAAGAAUAAAAACAAAAAAGAAAACCUCAACAUAGGUUAAUGAUGAAGUCUUAGGAAAAAAAAAAAAAAAAAAAGAAGAGCAGCAAUUUUGCACUGACUGGAUUGCCUCGUCCAUCUGGAUUUCAGAUCAUCUGAGUGGCCAGAUGUCAAAGACCCAAGUGCUCUAGAAAAAUUCUUAUGGGGAUAGAAAAUGAAUUUCAAACCUCUUAUCUUAAAAAGAAGAAAAAAAAAAAAGCCCUCAAAAUCUGCUGCUUUUUAUUUUUGUUAUCCAGGUGUGUCUUUAAUCAGUUGGUUGCUCAGAAGCCUCAAAUAAUCCUGAGAAACCAAACUUUGAUUUUUUAAAUAAAAUUGUUUCUUAUUAUUCUGGUCUUUGGACAGAGAUGAAGCUACUCUUUCUUUUUCUUAGGAAUUUCAGAAGCUUGUGUUUCACAGGUACUUUCUUUGCCAGAUCCUGUAAUGAAGCUUGUAUUGUAUUGUGUUUUUUCUUAAAUGUUUCUGGAGCCCACUUAAACUGGCAUAUUCAGUAACAUGGUUGGUGUGUGCUGUGGUAUAAGUAAACAGCUGCAUGUGUGCAUGCAAAACAAUGUGAUGCUUGCCUUUCUCUGUGUGAAAGUGAUGUAGCUGUAUUUGUGAAAGUUUUGUCAUCUGAAAGUGUUUACAUUGGUCACUGGAAGUUUCUCUGUGCUGCCUUAUGUUUGAUUUGCUGUUUGGAGUAGACUCUUUACAUUUCAGAAAUAAAGUAUUUGGAGUUCUGUGAA